GAGGAGGAGGAGGUCGGGCGCCUGGGAGGCCUCCUCCCGGCGGGCGGUAGAACAGGUAUAACGCCAUGGACUCCAGGCUGGGGUGACACUGCCCGGAGGCUCUGGGCUUCGGAGCCUUUGAUUUGGGUGUGCGCGUGUGGAUGCAGAGGGGAGGGGGUUAGCAUUCGUUGUCUUAAGCGUUUACCCCGGCAGGUUAUAAAUAGACCGGUUCAGACGCCGUGUCAGAGGAGGACACUUUGGCAAGUAGGUUCCAGGGAGGGAGGGAGGGAGAGACGGACUGCCUUUAGCUUCUCCCUCUCUAUCAAACUGCUGUUGCCACCACAAUGAAUGCCAGGAGGAGGCCUGGCUGCUACCGAUUUUUGUAAGCUACCAAGGAGAAGGGCUAGAUUUUUUUUUCCGCUUUGGGGUCUCUGACGGCACCAGUGAAAAGGACGAACGGAGGAAGAACCUGGUGGGAAGCAACAUCAGGGAGACUACCAAGGCCAGGGGAGAAAAACAGCCAGGGAACCCGAAGGCCUCUUUUGCUGGGACUUGCCAGGAAGAAAAGAUUGGCGUGAAAAUGAAGCCGGAUCGAGACACCUUAGAUGAAUACUUUGAAUAUGAAGCUGAGGAAUUCCUUGUCAACUUGGCCUUGCUGAUUACUGAAGGUAGAACACCAGAAUACUCGAUUAAGGGCAGGACUGAAGGUUUCCACUGCCCUCCAGCACAGUCAAGUCAACCAAUAACAACUAAACAUGAAUGCAGUGACAAAUUGGCUCAGUGCCGUCAAGCUAGGCAUACCCGAUCUGAAGUUGCACUGCUGUGGAAGAAUAAUAUCCCUAUUAUGAUAGAAGUGAUGCUACUUCCAGACUGUUGCUAUAGUGAUGAAGGACCCACCACCGAAGGGAAUGACUUAAAUGAUCCUGCAAUCAAGCAAGAUGCAUUGUUGUUGGAAAGGUGGAUUUUGGAGCCAGUUCCACGACAAAGUGGUGAUCGAUUUAUUGAAGAGAAGACCCUCUUAUUGGCUGUCCGCUCUUUUGUGUUCUUUUCUCAGUUAAGUGCUUGGCUGAGUGUUUCACAUGGAGCAGCGCCUCGUAAUAUUCUUUACAGAGUAAGCGCCGCUCAUGUGGAUCUGCAGUGGACGUUUUCCCAGGCACCAACGGAACACCUUUUCCCUGUCCCCAACGUUUCUCACAAUGUGGCCUUGAAAGUCAGUGUCCAGUCUUUGCCUAGACAAUCUAACUACCCAGUCCUGACUUGCAGUAUCCAUACCAACUUUGGCUUCUAUGAAAAGAGAAGAGAAGAGGAUAAAGUAUAUCAGCACUGUGAUUUCGUUAAGACCGAACAGUCCAGUGUGCCCAUCUCACAGCAUUCUUGUGGCAAACUGAUGUGGGCUGAAAGUGUGCUUGGUAUGAAACAAGGCCCUGAGUUUAAUCCCACUGUCAGAAACCUGAAACUUUUUCCAUUAACUGGCCUUGGAUCUGACUUUGGAUCAUUAGAAUCUAAAGUUCCGGGCUACACCGCUGCUGUGGACAGUAGGACAGUAUUGAAAGAAACAUCAGAGAGAGCUUUAAAAUCAUCUGGCCUGGCUGAUACCCAUGUUCAUAAUGGCUACUCUUCCCGCCAGCCAUUGGGAGAGUCUAUCCCUUUGAUAGGGUCUUUACUCCAAGAGCGGCAUGAAGUUAUAGCAAGGAUUGCCCAGCAUCUCGUUCACUGUGAUCCAGCAGCAUCGCCUGUCACGAGGAAGGCUUUUGGUACAAAUGACAAGGGUGUGGCAAACACCAAGGCCCUCCAUCAUGCCUAUGAAGAGAAAAGCUUGCUGAAGAAAGGAAGAGAAUUGUCCUCUUCUGCUGCUAACUUGGAACACAGUUCUUCAGAGAACGUUGGAAAAGCCCAAAUAAUACCAGAAACGCCCUUGUCUCACUCCUGUGUCCCCAUGAACCAGUGCUUCCGCCAAGUGAGAGAGGAAACUAACCCGCUCAUAAGCUCUUUGCUUCAAGAGAGGCAGGAGGUUAUAACAAGGAUUGCCCAACAUUUGAUUCACUGUGAUCCCCCGAUACCACAAGUUGCACGUCCUGUGUUCAGUUUUCAUGACAUUAGCGCACUUAAUCCAAAGGCUUUUCAUGGUUCCUGUGAAGAGGACAGCCUGCUGAAGAAAAACAAGGAAGUCUCCUCUGAUUCCUUCUCUAAUUCUAGAUUGGCUUUAUCAGCAGAUAACCCCAAAACAAAAGUUAAAACAUCAACAACCCCAUUGCAUUCGCUUAGAUACGAUGUAGACCAGAAGGUAUCUCCCAACUCUCAUUUUAGAAGAAAGCUGCUGCUAGCAGAGACCAGUGAAGUAGUCCAAAACACAUUUCAUCAGUCUCCUUCCAGCAGAAGUAAAAGUCCUCCAACUUGCAUGACCCAGUCAUGUAGCAAAGAAGGUUAUAAAUCAGAAUUGACAGAUAAAUCAGAGUCUGUGCUUUCUGGUUGUCCCCAUAAGCCUCAAGUAGCAAAGAGAGGUAUUGCCAAGCAGUGUUCACAUUUCAGUUGUAGUAAUGAACUGGUUUGUAGAAGUAAAUUUAAAGACACAACAAUCUCUUGUGAAAAUAGUAACCCACACUGUUCAAAUAGUCCCCAGUUGGAUCGGUACAGAAUACUUGAAAACGUGAAGGUGGCUGCAGUGCAGGCAUCUGACAGCUGGCACAGAUACGAGCCUAAGCGCUUAAAUAAAGAAUCCAAACAAUCAAAUAUCGGUGAACAAAACUCUCAGCUGACUAGUAUUGAAAACUAUUUGCACAAAGACCAUGAAAUUCUCAAAUGCAAAAAUAAACAAGACAAAGUGAAAAAUACAAAUGAUGAGAAUGAAGAGCCAACGUACUAUGAAGGACAGAAGCAUUGUCAGAAGAAGCCUGUAGAAGGUUCCUUGGCUGCCUCGUUUGAACAAAAGAAGAACGCAGAGGUGCUGAAAACAAUACCACUCAAGCAUGUGUGGCGCAAAAGUAAUUUUCACCACUUGGAUGGGACGUCUACUAAGGCCUUCCACCCUCGAACUGGAUUGCCUCUCCUUUCCAGUCCUGUUCCUGAAAGAAAAACACAAACAGGAUACUUUGAUCUUGAUGCAUCAUUAUUGCAUCUGAAAUGUUUCGCCCCCAAAAGUAGUCCACAACGAUAUAUAAGCAAAGAGAAUGAUUCUGACAUCCAUGAGAAAGCACUUCUAAGUUCCAGUGCUCCAUCUGUUACAAGUCUUAGCCUUCUUGGAAACUUUGAGGAAUCUGUGCUGAACUAUCGUUUAGAUCCCCUGGGUAUUGUAGACGGCUUCACAGCUGAAGUGGGAGCAAGUGGAAUUUUCUGUCCAACUCACAUGACUCUUCCCGUUGAAGUUUCUUUUUACAGUGUUUCUGAGGACAACGCACCCUCUCCCUAUAUGGGUGUAAUUGCUUUAGAGUCCCUUGGUAAAAGGGGUUAUCGGGUACCUCCUUCAGGAACAAUACAAGUGACCUUAUUUAAUCCUAACAAGACUGUGGUGAAGAUGUUUGUGGUGAUCUAUGACUUACGAGAGAUGCCUGCCAAUCAUCAAACAUUCCUGCGGCAAAGAACUUUUUCUGUCCCUGUGAAGCGAGAAACAAAAAAAAGCAUUAUUAAAGGAAAUACUCGACAUACUGAAGAGAGACUAUUACGCUACCUCAUUCAUCUGAGGUUCCAGAGUUCCAAGUCUGGAAAGAUCUACCUCUACAGAGAUGUAAGACUUCUGUUUUCCCGAAAAUCCAUGGAAGUGGACAGUGGCGCUGCAUAUGAACUCAAAUCUUACACUGAAUCUCCAAUGAAUCCUCAGUUUUCACCCCGGUGUUAGCAAAACACAACAGUGAGAAUAUUUCCUCAGUGACCAGAUUAUUAUUAUUCAAGACGAAACAAUAAAAUGCCCUGUGUAAAAGUUGAAUAACGGAGAUAGUGAGAAGGAUGGUCAGAUGGGAGGCAAAGCUCUUGGACCAGUUCAAAAAGGCUUCUAGAAUGAGCUUUGUGUAUUCUGAAUAGACUGGAACACACUUAGUCCUAAUCUUUUUAUACUCGUUUUAAACCACUUCAUUGGAUGUGUUGCAAUAGCAGAUUCCCAAAUUAGUUUAGUGUUUACACCUUAUUUUAUUUUUUGGGUAUUUAAUAUUUAAUGUUCCUUUCACUUAAGUGAUGUUUGUCUUUACUGUUCUAAUGUAGCACAAAUCCGAUGUAAAAUCAUACUACGUAUUUUUGACAUUAAUAUUGAAAUCUUGAAAUAUAUACAGAAUCCUUUACUUCGA